AUGCUGUCGUCGCUGCGCUCGCCCGGGGCGCUGCGGCGCGCUGCGCAGCUGGCCGAACGCCUCGCUGGCCGCUGCCCAGCGCUCCCUCUCUGGACGCGAGCGCGGGCGCUGUCACAAGCGCGUGCGCCGACGCACAGCGUGGACCCCGCCGCGAUCCUGCGCCCGACUGCGUGUCCGCCAAUUAAAUCGCAGCAAUCGCUCGACCACGAGCUCCCGGGCCUCCCGACGCUGAAGCCCGCGAGCCAAUUGAAAGCGCCCGCGACGGAGCUCUCCGUGCUGCCGUCCGGUCUGCGCGUCGUCUCGCACGAGACGUACGGCCAAGCGGCGACGCUCGGACUCUUUAUCGACGCCGGCAGUCGCGACGAGGGCGACGAGAGCGUGGGCGUGAGCCAUCUGCUCGAGCAUUUGGGCUUCAAGAGCACUACGUCGCGCUCGCACGCAGCGCUCGUGCGGGAGAUUGAGGACAUUGGUGCGCUCACGACGUCGUCCGCUGGGCGCGAGCAAAUUAUUUACACGAUUGAUUUGCUGCGGGACAAUGUGGAAAAAGGGCUCGAGCUGCUGGCCGACGCGAUUCUGAAUGUCGAGCUGCUGCCUGAGGAAAUGGAGAGCAUGAAAGCUGUCAUGCGUAUCCAGACGGAAGAGCUGAUGGAGAACCCACAGGCCAUGCUGCAGGAGUUCAUCCAUGCGGCAGCAUAUGGCGCCGACAAGCCGCUGGGACGGCCGCUCCAGUGUCCGUUGGACAAGAUUGAUGCCCUGACGGUGGACAAGGUCCAGAAGUUCCGGGCCGAGCAUUUUGUGGUUCAGAAGAUGGUUCUGGCUGGCUCGGGUGUGGACCACGCGCGACUGGUCAAGCACGCGGAAAAGCUGUUUGCAAAUGUCCCGGUAGCUCCAAUAGAUGCGCAGAUGACAACACCAGUCAAACGAAAAGUGGUGGAGCCAGUGGUUUACACAGGCGGACUAUAUCCGCUGCCGAAGCCCGAGUCGGAAUUCUCGUACGCUGCCUUGGCAUUCCCUACAGGCGGCUGGCAUGACGAAGAUCUGGUACCCAUUUGUGUCUUGCACACGUUGUUGGGUGGCGGGGACAGCUUUUCGGCUGGAGGUCCAGGCAAAGGCAUGUACUCGCGCUUGUACACAAGCGUAUUGAAUCGUUUCUAUUGGGUCGAGUCGGCUUUUGCGUUCUCGUCCAUACAUACGGACGUUGGCCUUCUGGGUAUAUAUGGUGCUUGUAUUCCGUCCCACACCAGCAACCUCGUGGCGCUGUUGUGCAACCAGAUGCUCGGCGUCGCUAAGGAACCGGUCAGUGCCAUUGAGCUGGCUCGUGCCAAGAACCAGCUGAAAUCGUCUGUGCUCAUGAACCUCGAGUCCCGCAUGAUCCUGUACGAAGACAUCGGUCGCCAGCUGCUUACGUAUGGAAUGCGUGAGACGCCUGAAUCCGUGUGUGUCAAGAUCGACCGCGUUACUGCCGAUGACAUCCAGCGAGUUGUGAAGGAGGCCAUGAAGCACCCGCCUAGCCUCGUAUACUCAGGAGACAUUUCUCGAUUUCCGCAGUACCACCAAGUAGUUGCCGGUAUUAAGGAAGGGUUGAGCGAGAAGGCAGCGUAA